ACCUAGCCCUCUUCCCGCCGCUAGGUCUGUUCUUUUGCAGCCUCAGAUGUAAGCGCUGGCUCUCCGCCAUGCCUCAUCGAGACUCCAAGGAGUCCUUUCCCGACUCCUUUUAAGGUCUUCUUACCCAGACAAGGAAAACGAUCGUUCCCAGUGCUCAGGGCGUCCCUUAACCUGACGGUGACCGGAUCCAAAGCUUAAAUCCUUAGUAGUCCAAGCCUCACUUCCUGUCUCCCCAGCGCUUUGGGCUCAAGCCCAGAUCCCGCCCAAUCCGUCACUACAGUACUCAGUAAGCAUGGGUCACCAUGUUCGUUUGUGGGCUGGAGGAUUGAUGUUUCCGGCCGUCCCCGGGCCCUCUCCAGUGCCGGAACUAUAGUGCUAGAGCCCUGGUUUUCCCCAGCCGGCUAAGUGAGAGUAAAGGGCAAGUAGGCUUAAAGGAAAGGGAGGGGCCUGCGCAAGGCAUUCUGGGAGCGCGUGGUGUUCGUGAUACUCGGGCCCGUCGUUUCCUCGCCUCACGCCUUCUCCUUCUAACGUUUGUGCCGGAACCGAAAAAAAGAAAAAAGAAAAGCCUGCAGUUAGUUGCCUAGGAAGAGUCCUGCCAAGAUGUCUAUUGGUGUGCCGAUUAAAGUCUUGCACGAGGCUGAAGGCCACAUAGUGACCUGUGAGACCAACACCGGGGAAGUAUACCGAGGGAAGCUCAUUGAAGCGGAGGACAACAUGAACUGUCAGAUGUCCAACAUCACAGUCACAUACAGAGAUGGCCGAGUGGCACAGCUGGAACAGGUAUACAUACGUGGCAGCAAGAUCCGGUUUCUGAUUUUGCCUGACAUGCUGAAAAAUGCACCCAUGUUAAAGAGCAUGAAAAAUAAAAACCAAGGCUCAGGGGCUGGCCGAGGAAAAGCUGCUAUCCUGAAGGCCCAAGUGGCUGCAAGAGGAAGAGGACGUGGAAUGGGGCGUGGAAACAUCUUCCAGAAGCGAAGAUAAUAGUCUCCAUUGAAGAGGACUUUGUCCUUUCUUCUCUUAGGUUAUUGGAGGGUUGUUUUUUUUGGGGGGGGGGGGGUGGUUACAUGUGCAUAUGUCCCAGGUUUUCUUUUGAUAUUUCUUUGUUUCAGAGAAACUGUUAAGCUAAAUAAAAUUUGGUUGUUUUGUGGUUUG